AAAGAAAAAACCAUUCUCACGCAUUCCAAUCCAAUUCAUAGUGCGCGGACAUGAACAGCGACACUAGCGACCCCAGUGCGAUCGACUCUCAAAUUUCCACCGCCGACCAGAUCUCCUAUUGGCAAUCCAUCAGUGCGGAUGUGGAUGGCAUGCUAGGAGGUUUUCCUCAGGUUUCACGCAUUGAUAUCCAGUUCUCGCGGAAUUUUAUCCAGAAACUACGCAGAUUAGACAAUCGAUCAACACGCGCGACAUCGACAUCAACAUCAACAUCACCUAUUCAGAACACUGCACAGGCGCAGUCGCAGUCGCAGUCACCGACUAACACCCAUACCAACACCACCUACACAUUCCAACACGCACUAGAACCCGGCGCGGGUAUUGGACGCGUCACAUUAAACCUCCUAGCUCCGCUAUGCGCACACAUCGAUAUUGUCGAACCCAUUGAGAAAUUUACCGCUGUACUCACAGCACCAGAGUCGCCACUAGUUAAGAACCAUCAACUAAGCCGUGUCUGGAAUCUGCCUCUUCAAGACUGGACACCAACAUUACCCCCAGCAUACACUGCAAACACCACCACAUCCUCACCUAAAUAUGACCUGAUAUUCAACCAAUGGUGUCUCAACCAUCUAUCAUUUACGUCAUUAGUGGCAUAUUUCAAGUCUCUAAUCCCUCUCCUGCUUCCCACAGGCUGGAUUGUCGUCAAGGAAAACCUAUCGUCUGAUGCAUUUGGUGCGGAUAUCUUUGAUGCUGAUGACAGUAGUGUCACGCGGAGUGAUGCUAAUUGGAGAGCUGCGUUUACUGAGGCCGGGUUGAGGCUGGUUAAGACGGAUUUACAGACUGGGUUCCCCAAGGAGCUGAAGCUAUAUCCUGUAAGGAUAUAUGCCCUGCGUCCGGUAGAGUGAAACUACUUUUCCGUGGCAGAGAUUACCGCAGAUUUAGGAGUGAAAUCAUCCACGCGAAUCAACGCGGACUAUUACCUGGGAAGUUAGCUGUCAUUACCCGGGUUCUAACACGGAUGGCCAUGGUUACAGCGGUGGAAAAAGGGAAAAGGGGGAAAGU